AUGAAAUCCCCUAUGUUUGUAAAAGAAGUCCAAAAGCUAACAGGGUGCGUGGCCGCCUUAGGGAGAUUCCUAUCCAAGUCCGCGGACAAAUGCUCGCCUUUCUUCAACACCCUUAAACAAAGCAAGUUCGAAUGGACAAGAGAAGCCGAGGAAUCCUUCCACCAGUUAAAAGAGCACUUGUCCUCUUUGCCAAAACUAGUUUCUCCCAUCAACGGGGAAAAGCUAGUCUUAUAUGUCUCGGUCUCCGAAUACUCACUGUCAGGAGUAUCAGUCGCUGAAAGAGAAAAGAAGCAGUUCCCCGUGUACUACGUAAGUCAUGCCUUUCGAGGCUCGGAGGGAAACUAUAGCGAAAUGGAGAAGGUCUUAUUCGCAGUCGUGAUGGCAAGCAAGAAAUUGAAACCCCGCGUCACAGACUGGGCUAAUCAACUUGCAGAUUUCGGCAUUGAAUACGAGCCACGAACGGCAAUCAAAGCCCAAGCCCUGGCUGACUUCAUUGCUGAUAGUACCAUCCCUCAUCAUCCCGAAGCCAAUCAAGAAUGGAAAUUGUAUGUAGAUGGGUCCUCCACGCAAUCAGCAAGCGGAGCGGGACUUCUAAUUGUAUCUUCCGUCGGGGUUCGCAUGGAAAGGGUAGUCAGAUUCAAAUUUGCGGCAUCUAAUAAUGAGGCAGAAUAUGAAGCAUUACUCUUGGGGCUUAAAAUAUGCGAUGAAGCCGGGGCUAAAUCCUUAUCCACCUUUUUCGACUCCCAAUUGAUAGUCGGGCAAGUGAACGGGGAAUUCGAGGCGAAGGAUGAUAGCAUGAAGAUGUAUUUGCAACAAGUAAGAGAAUUUGUCGAGAAAUUCGACAAAUUCACAUUGGUUCACAUCCCAAGAUCCCAAAAUGCACAAGCCGACUCCCUGGACAAACUUGCCAGCUCAGCCGAAACAUCCGCGGCCCGUGAUAUCAUCUGGGAAGUGCUUCCUAACCCUAGCAUUAACUUCAUGGUCAACACCAUCGAUAGAUUAGAGACAUGGAUGGAACUAUACAUCAAAUACUUGCAAAAUCAAAUGCUCCCCCAAGACGAGAAUCAGGCAAAAAUGCUUCAAAAGAAGGCCGGAUGGUUCGAACUCCACGAAGGAACGCUCUACAAAAAAUCAUAUACACAUCCCUUUCUGAAAUGUGUUUCUCCUGAAGAAGGAAACUACAUCCUUCGCGAAAUACACGAAGGCGGAUGUGGAAUACAUCAAGGAGUACGAAUUGUAAUUUGCAAAGUCCUCAGAAAUGGAUACUACUGGCCCUCUCUCAAGGGUGAUGUCGAAGCACUGAUCAAGCGAUGUCCCCAAUGCCAGUAUUAUUCAAAGAUAGGAAGAAAACCAUCUAACUAUUUGUCCGCCAUUCAAGCUGUCCUACCCUUUGACAAAUGGGGUAUAGAUCUCCUUGGCCCCUUCCCACCAGCCAAGGGACAACGAAAGUUCAUCAUCGUGGCUGUCGAUUAUUUUACCAAAUAUGUGGAAGCCGAGGCCCUUAGCUCGAUUACAGACAAGCAAGUCUGCCAGUUCAUAUGGCGAAAUAUCAUCACAAGAUAUGGCAUUCCUCGCGUAAUCAUCACCGACAAUGGGAGACAGUUUGUCAGCAAGCACACAAUAGAGUACUGCGACAUGUUCAACAUUCAAAUCCGAUUCAGUUCAGUAUCCCGACCUCAAACAAAUGGCCAGGUCGAGUCAGCGAACAAGGAAAUUAUGAACGGCAUCAAAAAGAAAGUGGAAGGGGCAAAAAGAAUUAGGUAUUCCCUCCACGAGAGUCAACUACUACUCGCACAGCGAGAACGAACUAGAAAAAAGAACAAAUUUGGAUUUACUACCAGAGACAAGGGGGAAUGCCCUGUUAAAAUCGAUAGCCCAAAAACAGAAAAUGGUCCGCAGCUUCAACCGUCAUGUCAAAACAAGACGGACGUUCGAAUCAGAAGACGUAAAAGGAAAGAAAUUACCCCGGCCGUGGAAUGGAGAUCACUUGAAGAAAUACUUCAUUUAGUAAGAUUCACAAGAGGCCACAGUCAAUAA